AUGAAGUUACUCACUUCCAUUACUCGUCACCUUGCCAUUGUUGCAAUAUCGAUACGUAUUGCAAAAUCCCUGCCAUAUCUUCCAGAGGAAGCAGAUUGGAAUCUCAAUCAAAAUCAGACUGCGACACAUCCCCUCGACUAUUCCGGUCGGUGGGAUGGCCACACAUACAACCCCUCACCAGAGAACUGGCGAUUCCCCUUUUACACCAUAUUCCUAGACAGAUUUGUAAACGGUGAUCCGAGUAACGAUAACGCAAAUGGCACACAGUGGGAACAUAUCUUGACAUCCAACGAGUUCCGCCAUGGUGGCGACGUUCUUGGGUUGGUUGAUACAUUUGAUUAUCUUCAGGGGAUGGGGAUCAAGGGCGUUUACCUCGCUGGAACACCGUAUAUCAACUUCCCCUGGGCUGCGGAUGGAUACUCCCCGCUUGACCUGACUCUGCUGGACCAUCACUUUGGUACGAUCGAGGACUGGCGCACGAUGAUAUCCGAGGCGCAUCGAAGGGGGAUUUAUGUUCUUUUUGAUAAUACUUUUGCAACAAUGGGCGAUCUUAUAGGUUUCCAGGGUUUUUUGAACAAGUCCGCGCCGAUCAAUCCCGACGAGUACGAUUAUGUAUGGAAGUACGACCGUCGGUAUUGGGACUUUCAGCCUGGAAAUGAAGUUGAGAGUGAGUGUCCGUGGGAUAUUCCCCGUUUCUGGGAUGAUGACGGUAAUGGGUUGAUAUCCACAACCCUUGGUCCUCAAUGUCGAUAUAGUGAAUUUGAUCAGUAUGGAGAAGUUGCCGCCUUUGGAAACUACACAGAAUGGGAAGGGCAGAUAGCCAAAUUCGCAUUUGUGCAGGAUCGUCUACGCGCAUGGCGGCCGGAUGUGCUGGCCAAAAUCAAACACUUUUCGUGUCUAACUAUCACCAUGCUUGAUAUCGACGGAUUCCGCGUUGACAAGGCUCUACAAGUUACCCUUGACUCUCUUGGGGAAUGGUCCGAAUAUAUGCGGGAUUGCGCCAAGGAGGUGGGAAAGGACAACUUCUAUAUUCCUGGAGAGAUCGUGGCAGGAAACUCUUUUGGCUCGCUUUACAUCGGUCGCGGUCAACAGACAAAUCAAACCAAAUCCAAUACGACGGAAGCUUUCAUGAUGACGAAUAAGACAGAUAAGUCAGAUGAGGAUCUGUUUUUGAGACCUGCGGAGAGGUCCGCGUUGGACGGGGCGGCGUUCCACUACACGUUAUAUCGUGGUCUGAGUCGGUUUCUCGGCCUAGACGGUGUCUACACUGCCGAAGGCGACCCGCCUGUCAACUUUGUGGAGACCUGGAAUGGUCUUGUGGAGACCAAUGAUAUGGUCAACACAAACACUGGCAAGUUCGAUCCUCGUCACCUGUUUGGUGUCACAAAUCAGGAUGUCUUCAGGUGGCCAGGGAUCAAAAACGGGACUCAAAAACAGAAUUUGGGUCUGUACGUCGCUUCGCUGCUCAUGCCUGGAAUCCCCAUCCUCUCCUGGGGUGAGGAACAGGAUUUCUAUGUGCUGGACAACCAGGCUGACAACUAUGUCUUCGGUCGUGGACCUAUGACAUCCGCUCAGGCAUGGCAGAUGCACGGAUGUUACAAGCUGGGGUCAUCCAAAUACGCUAAUUUCCCGCUCGAUCGCUCUCUCACCGGAUGUGAAGAUGAUUCCGUCAGUCUUGAUCACCGCGAUCCAUCUCACCCAGUGCGAGGCCUCAUCAAGAUGAUGUUUGAGAUGCGUCAAAACUACCCCGUCCUGAAUGAUGGCUGGUACUUACAGCAACUUUCAAAUCAGACGUUCGACAUCUACCUUCCAGGCAGUAAUGGGACAGCAACCGAGACUGGGAUGUGGAGUGUCAUGAGAUCACGCUAUGCGAAUGCGCAAAAUUUUGAUGGCCAAGGCCAGGGGAAUCAGAGUGUCUGGUUGUUGUAUUCUAAUGACAACAAAACAGUCGAACACCAGUUCAACUGCAGCAGCAAGGAAGCUUUGAUCUCGCCAUUCCCCACGGGAACAACAGUCAAAAACCUUUUUCCACCGUUCGAGGAAUUGACCCUGACCAAAAGCUCGAUUAGGCUUGGACUUGAAGGGUCUGACGUUCCCAACGGUUGUUAUCCCAAUCUUACUAUGCCUGCCUGGGGAUUCAAAGCUUUUGUUCCGAAGGAUAAAUUUGUGCAGCCUUCCCCAUAUAUAACAAGCUUCUCCCCAGGACACGAUGCUCGACUUGUUCCCCAGGGUACAAGUGGGGAUGUGAUACGAAUUGGGUUCAACUUCUCGCAGGAGAUGGACUGCGGAGACAUCACCAACUCACUGACGAUCACAUCCAAAGCGCUUGACAACGAGAUCCCGCAGCUUGACACGACGUCAGUCUCUUGUAGCCCCAUUGAAGAGACUGAUGUUGUGACAUGGCCUGGUGCAUUCACUAGCGUCUUCAGCUACGAAAUAGAUUUGAGCAAUGUCUUUCCAGGAGUUCACAGAGUCACGCUUAGCAACGUGACUACAGCAGAUGGAAACCAGUCCACAGGAUCCGUCGACCACUUUCUCUUCCGUAUCGGACAGACAAAUAAUCCGAUGGUCUGGCCACAGUUGGCCAACUACAGUAGAACGCUACUGUUCGACAACCCAUUGUCUGAGACUGAGCCGUUAUCAGUCAGCCCACAGGCCCCCGGUGCAGACAUGUGGCGAUACUCGCUGGAUUUCGGAGCUACAUUCUCUGCCUGGGAGACAUACACCGGCUUCAACACAACGAUCCCCGGAAAAAGCUGGAGUGGCACUCCGAAACAAGCCUGGGAAGGCGAACAUAUCCUUGCCCAAUACUGGAGCAAAUUGACCGGGAGCAGUGCUCAUUGGCAGCAUGGAGACACGCAGUGGGCAUACAAUCCCCCGCGUCGAUUCCCAAACCUCUUCAUCGAAGGCGAGUUCAACCAGUUCGGAUAUGACGCUGGCUAUGCCAACGAAAUGGCCCUUAGCAACACAACUGGUCUGUGGGAAAUCCACUUCAUGGGCGAGUGGCCCGUGCAGAUUGCAUUCAACGCCUGGGGCUUGAACGAAGACGGCCUGCCCGAUCAAACACAGGUAUUUGGGGACAUCGAUGGAGACAACGUUCUGGAUCAAGUCCCUCCAGUCACGCUGCUGAGCAAUGUAUUCAACGUCACCAUCCCACCCCCUUCGCCCUAUCUUGCCUUCAAGCUGUCGGUGAAUGACGGCGAUCUUAAGGUAUUCGCUACACCCACAGGAUCCAGAUGGGUACAGUUGGCCAUAUUUAUUGUGCUGGCGAUUGUGCCUGUCACUACCGCUGCCGGUGCGGUGUAUAUUUACCUCAAGGCAUUUUACCAGGUCAAAUUUAACCAAAUCGGUGUCACCGAGAAAAGAUCAAGCUUCGCCCCGCUGGUGAGCGCCUUUCAAAGGGUGACCCAUCGAUCUCAUGACAUGGGAUCCAAUACUGGACUUGCUCUUACCAAUGUGGGCCUGUUCCCGUCUGAGAGUGGAGGCGCCGUCGGUGCUGCGAGAAAGACCCACCGACGAACCGUGCUCAUCGCAACGAUGGAAUACGAUAUUGAAGAUUGGGCCAUUAAAAUCAAAAUCGGUGGCCUCGGUGUGAUGGCCCAAUUGGUGGGGAAACAUCUGACCCAGCAUGAUCUUAUAUGGGUGGUCCCUUGUGUUGGAGGCGUUGACUACCCCAAGGACGAUCCUCGUGAGCCGAUGGUGAUCACCGUUCUUGGGAAUAACUACCAAGUGGAUGUCCAGUAUCAUCGGCUGCAAAAUAUCACGUACGUCUUAUUAGACGCGCCUGUGUUCCGAGCUCAGUCCAAAUCAGAGCCGUACCCUGCCCGGAUGGAUGACCUGAAUUCGGCUAUAUUCUAUUCUAGCUGGAAUCAGUGUAUUGCUGAAGCUAUCAGGAGAUUUCCGGCUAUCGACAUCUAUCACAUCAAUGAUUACCAUGGCGCCGCUGCCCCUCUUUAUCUUUUACCUCGCACGAUUCCAUGCUGCUUGUCUCUGCAUAAUGCUGAAUUCCAAGGACUCUGGCCAAUGAAAACCCAAAAGCAGAAUCAAGAGGUCUGCAGUGUCUAUAAUCUUGACCAUGCAGUGGUGAAGAAAUAUAUACAAUUCGGCGAAGUGUUUAACCUUCUUCAUGGAGCUGCCAACUAUCUGAAAAUUCACCAAAACGGAUUUGGCGCUGUCGGUGUCUCCAAGAAAUAUGGCAAGAGAUCGUAUGCCAGAUAUCCUAUCUUCUGGGGUCUCAAGAACAUUGAAGCGCUGCCGAACCCCGAUCCAUCUGACAUAGCUGAGAGGGAUGACAACGCAAACAAUAAUCUCGAAGACGUUGUCAUCGAUGUCGAAUUUGAAGCCAGUCGUGCCGCACUCAAGAGACAAGCGCAAGAAUGGGCAGGGCUCAAAGUUGACCCAGAGGCCCAGUUGUUUGUGUUUGUGGGUCGUUGGUCGAUGCAAAAGGGCGUUGAUCUGAUUGCAGAUAUCUUUCCUUCCAUUUUAGACUCUCACCCAGAGGUCCAGUUGAUGUGCAUUGGUCCAGUCAUUGAUCUCUAUGGAAGGUUUGCCGCGUUGAAACUGAAGCGACUGACAGAGCUCUACCCUGGACGGGUCUAUUCCAAACCAGAAUUCACUGCUCUACCGCCCUUCAUUUUCAGUGGCGCUGAAUUCGCCUUGAUUCCUUCGCGUGAUGAACCGUUCGGUCUGGUAGCCGUGGAAUUCGGACGGAAAGGAGCGUUGGGCGUGGGAUCACGUGUGGGUGGUCUUGGGCAGAUGCCAGGAUGGUGGUUCACAAUUGAGUCUAUGACAACCAAACAUCUUAUCCAACAGUUCAAGAUGGCCAUCAACGACGCUCUGAAAUCGUCCCAGGAGACACGAGCGCUCAUGCGUGCACGAUCCAGCAAGCAGCGCUUCCCUGUCGCACAAUGGGUUGAGGAUCUGGAUAUCCUACAGGCCACCUCAAUCGAAAAGCACGCCAAGUACUCUAAACGCCAAUAUCGCAGUUCAUGGAGGAUUUCUAGUGGUAGCACCCUUGUCCCAGAAAGCCCUCGCAAAGUCUCGCCGGCAAGCUCAAGCGACAGCCGUGAACAGAGCCGAUCACGCAGCUCCACCGGGUCUGUUACGCCGAACAGGCCGAUUGCGUCUGACAUGAGACUGUCUGUACCUCGACCAGGGUUUGACCACGUUCUCUCACGGACAAAUUCUUCUUCCAAUCUAAACUUGUCCGAGAACGAGCCCGAUUCUGACACUGAUCGACGACGCAGAGCCUUCUUUUCUGACCCUCUCCCAGAUUCGCGAAUUGUUUACUCUGCGGCAAGCGAUGGCGAAGAUCUCGAGCCCAUUCCUGGGGCCAUCCAAGAGGAUGGCAGUAUUCGUCCAUCGCCACUUGGAACACCACUAGGAACGCCUAAUUUUUAUUUUGCUCGAUCUGGUGCCAGCACACCAGUCACUGCCCGACCAGAAGACCCUCUGGCGGGCCGAAGAGACGCGAGGGCAUCCAUGAUGAGUCUGGUCAGCGUUGAUGAUAUAGUAAAGGAGAAACAAGACUACAACCUCCAGAAAGUUGAUCCAUUUUUCACGGAUGCAAACAAUGAGUAUGCGGAUAAGUUUGAGAAGAAACUUGCGGAUCUUAAUGGCAAGAACUCCCAAGACCAGCUCUGCAUUGAAGAAUUUCUCGAGAAGAGCCAAAAAGACUGGUUCAAUCGAUACCGCGAUUUCAAACUUGGCAAGUCCCCCAUGCCAUCUCCUGCUCCCUCUGUCUUUCGCAUCAAAGUCCGUGAAACCGGUCGAGAAGAGAGCCCGCCAAUUAUUGGUCCGGGUCCAGACCCAAAUACCGAGCAAUUUCUUCUCCCAAGUUACUAUGUACCCCCCACGGGUUUGAAGCGUUUCAUGUUGAUGAAGCUGGGUGAUUGGCCCGUGUACUCCAUCUUCCUCGCUGUUGGACAAAUCCUCGCCCUCAACUCGUACCAGAUCACACUUCUGAACGGUGAGAUUGGAGAGACGGCUGAAAAACUAUACAUUUUGGCAUCCAUCUAUCUUGUCUCCUCGAUUAUAUGGUGGAUGGUAUUCCGUCUCGUACCUUCAGUCUAUGUGUUGGCGAUUCCUUUCUUUAUAUACGGGUUUGCCUUUCUAUUUGUCGGUCUUGCCGCCAUCCACAACAGCGCAAGUCGAACAUGGCUACAAAAUGUGGGAACUGGCUUGUAUUCGUUUGCAUCUUCGAGUGGUUCGAUUUUCUUCGCCCUCAAUUUCGGAGAUGAAGGUGGAGCGCCUCUGAAGUCUUGGAUCUACAGGGCCACCGUCAUCCAGGGCACGCAGCAGCUGUUCAUCAGUUUCCUUUGGUAUUGGGGUAGCUGGAUGGCAGCUCUCAAUAAAACAGGUAGCACGCAAUUCAACCUUGCCAUAACCAAUCCAGGCGCUUUACUCGGGAUCGGACUCGGACUUGCCUCUCUUCUGUGGAUGUUGGGGGCCCUGGUCUUCUUUGGACUUCCUUCAUACUAUAGACAAACGCCAGGUCAAGUGCCAACAUUCUACCUAUCGCUCUUUCGCCGUCGCAUGAUUCUUUGGUUUUUCUACAUGGUGUUUAUAUCAAACUACUGGCUGUCGGCACCUUACGGACGAAACUGGCUCUAUCUGUGGUCCAGCAAGCAUGCACACGCGUGGCAAAUUGUGCUCCUUGUCAUUUUCUUUUUCGUCGUUGUCUGGGCGGCAGCUCUCUGGGUCUUUCACGUCUUUUCCAAGAGACACGCCUGGUUCAUCCCGAUCUUUGCCGUCGGUCUUGGUGCUCCUCGAUGGGCCCAGAUACUGUGGUCAACCUCCAACAUAGCCGCCUACAUUCCCUGGGCUGGUGGUCCCUUGGCCGGAGCUAUCCUUGGUAGAGCACUAUGGCUCUGGUUAGGAGUUUUGGAUUCCCUUCAGGGUGUCGGGUUUGGAAUGAUCCUCCUCCAUACAAUGACCCGAUUCCAUGUCACUUUCACACUUCUAGCUGCGCAGGUGGUUGGUUCUAUUGCAACUAUCCUCGCCCGCGCAACAGCACCAGAUAAGUUAGGCCCUGGUGAUGUUUUCCCUGAUUUCUCUGCUGGUGUCGCAGCUGGCUUGGGAAAGGCAGACUUCUGGCUCUGUCUGCUCUUCAUGCUAUCCAUCAACGUGCUCUGCAUCUUCUUCUACCGCAAGGAACAACUCGCGAAGCCUUGA